GCGGGAUUUCUCCACCAGCGGAGCUGCGUCGUGGUGACUGUGCAGCAGCAUCAUCAUCAUCAUCAUCAUCAUCAGCAGCAGCAGCAGCAUCAUCAUCAGCAGCAGCAUCAGCAGCAGCAUCAGCAGUAGCCCGGAGAGGCUUGACAUUUCUAACAUCCAGUGAUUCUUCCAGGAGCGCGGCGUGAAGUCUGGGUCUCACUCUCUCACUCACUCACUCACUCUCUCACUCAUUCACUCAGUCAGUCAGUGUUCCACACUCGCAGGCGCUGCGUGUUUAUCCACGGCUGCGCCUUCCUUCCUUCCUUCCUUCCUUCCUUCCUUCCUUCCUUCUUUUCAUUUGGGGAUUUGAAACUUGCGGGACUUUACGGUCGCAGGCAGAGAGCAAACGGCGGACUGACGGAGGGACGCAGGGACGCAGGGACAGUGAAUGUAGCGGCAGGCUGGGUGUCUGUCUGCGGGUGCGCACAGCGGCUGGACCGGCCGAGGACGCACCAAGUGCCGUCACACAUCUCCUUGUCUUCCGUCCUCGGUGUCACCAGCAGGACAAAGAUGAUUGUCCUCGGGACUUUGCUGCUUCUUUUGUCCUCAGAUGCGUGGUCAAUAUCAUCACCCGUCUUCUCCUUAACCUCCGCCCCCACUGACUGUGUGGAAGCCCAUCGGGGCUGCUCUGCUGAUCUCCAGUGCGAGGCUCUGUACCGGGGCUUGGAGCUGUGUGCGGCCGAUGCGGCGGUUUCCCCGCUCGGGGAGCAGGCGGCAGCCGAGUGCCUGGAGAGACAGGACGUCCUGCUGGCCAAACACCCGGCUCUGGUGGCCUGCAAGUGCCAGCGUGGCUUUCGCAAGGAGGAGCAGUGUCUGCGCAUCUACUGGAGGGUUCGUCUGCUGCCAGGGGAGGAUGAGCUCGAAAUAUCUCCCUAUGAUGACACACUGAUGGAUACUCGCAUGGCCUCUUUAGUGGCAGCCUCAUCGUUCCUGGACGGUGAGAACCAGUGCCUGAAGGCAGCACAGGACUGUGGCUUGUACGAGAAGUGUGGCUCCCUGCGAUCGGAGUACGUCCUGGCCUGCACCAAGCGGAUUCCCGGCUCCAGCCGCUGCAACCAGCACAAGUGCCACCGGGCACUGCGGCGCUUCCUGGAGCGGGUUCCUGAGGAGUACAGUCUGGGUGUUCUGUUCUGCCCCUGCACCAACACGCUGUGUGGAGAGAGGAGGCGGAAAACCAUCGUACCGUCCUGCUCCUUCCAGGAUAUGGAGGGGCAACAACCCAACUGCCUCCAUCAGCAGAGCUUCUGUCGCCGUGACGACCUCUGCAGGUCCAGACUGGCUGAUUUCCUAAGUAACUGCCAGCCGUCUCCUCUGACAGCCAGCGGCUGCCUGAAAGACUCAGCGGGCCUCUGCCUCCGAGCAUAUGCCGGACUCAUCGGUACCAUCAUGACACCAAACUACAUCAGUAACAGCUCUGCUGACGUGUCACUGUGGUGCAACUGUGAAGGCAGCGGCAACCAGUGGCAGGACUGUCUGAGACUGCAGCGGAUGUUCACCCACAACAGCUGCCUGCGUAACUCCAUCAGCUGGAUGGGCAGUCCCGGCUCCCUGCCUGCAGACUUCACCCCCCCUCCUGCUCCCAGACCGUCAGCGUUGGUGCAUCAGGACGUUCUCCUGAGCAACAACCACCUGCCCGAGCACAACAACGUCGUGGUGGAGAGUGAGGAAGAAGAGGAGAUGACACAGAUUGAGGAGGAGAGUGAUGAAGGAGGCCAGUUCGACGUUAUCCCGCUCUACUCUGAGAGGGCGACUGUCUCUAACCUGGGCUCCUCCAGUGAGGCAGCGUCCCUGAACACCGGUCCUGCUCAACCCAUGAUGCUGCUGCUGCUCGUCCUCUCUGCCUCUGCCAGCUGGGGGUAGAGUGUGGAAACCAAGACAACACACACACACACACGCACACACACAUGCACACACACACACACACACACACACACACACACACACACGCACACACACACGCACACACACAUGCACACACACACACACACACACACACACACACACGUGCAUACACUCACAUUUAAUGGACCCUGAAACAGUCCUGAACUGAUUGCUGUAAAAGUGUAAGAAACAGUGAAGAAAUGGACUUUGCCUUUUGUCAGUAGCAUCCUAACACCCCGCCCCCAUGCUUCAGUUCACUCCUUGCUUCCUUCCCUCCUUUGGAAAUGGCCCUUUGACCACCAAGGUCUGACUGUAGCUGCAGUGGUGUAUUCACGAGGAGCUGAGAUGCAGCGGGACGUUUGCAUGCUGCCGUCCAUCGUCCAGCGUUAUGGAAAUAUUCAUUUUCUUUGUGUGGUUACCAAGUAAAUACUACAGUAAAAACAACAAAGAUGACAAGUGAUCAUUUAGAGAAAUGAUUCAGUGUUUGCACAACUGUUGUAUCAGGAAACUGGAAUAAAUAUAUCUCACGUUAACGUGAUGAACGAGAAUAAAAGAGUCAAAUGUGAUCACCUCUCUGUGAUCGUGCCGAGGGAAACGCUUGUCAUGUAGAAAGACGUUUGAUUAUCGGUGUUUCAUUGAUCAACGUUUAAUGUAGAAUACAAUUUAAAGCUUGAGUCUGCGAUUUUCUUUUUUCUGAAAGACUUUUUUUCGUCUUUUUCUUUGAACAUUUUCUUCAUGUCGUGAAAACCAUCAGUUAUAAAGUUGUCUGGAAAUAAACAACUAAACAAAUACAA